AUGGCAGGUCCUGUCGCUGAUAUCCGUGAGAUCAGCGGAUCAGAUCUGAUCUCUGCUCUUCAUCUUGCUCAACAAGCACCAGCAAUCCUUGGCCAGGAAUCCGGGUCUGGGUUUACCUCCAAUUCUUCAGAAACCGCAGAUUACUACGCACGAUUAGAGCAGCUUCUGUUAGCCUGUCUUCGGACGGGGGAUGACCAGUCAGCACAUACCUGCCUGAAUCGCCUCAGCCUCCGAUUUGGGCCGUCUAAUGAAAGGAUUAUGGGGCUUCGAGGUCUAUACGAGGAGGCAACCGCCAAGGAUCAGUCGGCACUAGAAAAAUGCCUGCAGGAAUACGACAACACGCUGUCACAGAACCCAGUGAAUGUGCCCAUCCUAAAGCGCCGGGUAGCGUUGUUACGCUCGCUCAACCGACCGUCUGACGCAAUCUCCGGUCUUAUUCAACUCCUCGAUGCCAUCCCUACCGAUGCCGAAGCCUGGUGUGAACUAGCCGACUUGUACCAAUCACAGGGGUUGGGUCCCCAAGCCAUUUUUAGCCUCGAGGAGGCUUUGCUCAUCGCUCCUAACUCUUGGAAUAUUCAUUCCCGCCUCGGUGAACUGCUAUACAUCUGCGCCUCCGACGGGGACGCCUCCCGGCUCCUUGGGAGGUCGGUGCAACACUUCAGCCGAAGCAUUGAACUUUGUGACGACUAUCUACGAGGAUUCUAUGGGUUAACUUUGGCCUCGACUCGGAUGCUUGACAAUGAUUACGCAGGCGUAUCAGGUCAACUUCCUAAGAAGACCUUAGAACGAUUGAAGGCCUUUGCGCUCGUCAAGUUGGGCGAAAUUGUUGAGUCACCGUCGAUCGAUGACCAACAUUGGGCAUCGAGUCGAAGUGAGCUGAUUGCAGCCAAGGAGUUACUAAAUCGCCAAUGA